AUGGCAGCUCAGCAACGCCGGGAGAUGACUUUGUGCUCCUUUUGCCGGGAGCCCUUCAAGACCUUGCUGUCCUUCACGGGGUGCAAGCAUCGGAUCUGCAGCUCUUGCGCCAGCUGGCUCCAUGCGGGCGCAGCCGGACGAUGCCCUCGGUGCUGCCUGCUCCCUUCGGCGGGGAAAGGCGGCAAGGACAAGGGAUGGGUGGAUGGAGAAGGGCUUGGAAGCCGGCCGGCAGAGCCCGCUGAGGAGAAGUGCCAAGAGCACCAGGAAGCCCUGGAGAUGUUCUGCGUGGAGGACCGGAGCCCCGUCUGCCGGCGCUGCGCCGAGUCGCAGGCUCACCGCGCCCACGCUGCUGUUCCCCUCGAGGAGGCUGCCGAGGAGUACAAGCUGAAGCUGGAGGCGGCGGCGAAACUCCUGCAGCAGCAGAAGGUGGAAGUGCAGAGCUUGAAAUUCCAGGAGGAGGAGAAGCUGGCCAAGUGGGAGGCAAGUGUCACCCUCUCCGAGCGGUUUCGCGUUGUCCCGCAGGAUUUCGGAGCGGUCCGGCACGUGCCGUGGUUUCGGGAGCUUGCUUGGAAUAAAACUUCCAGAGAGAGCGAGAAGAUCAAGAAGGAGUUUGAGAAGCUGCACAACUUCUUGGAUGAAGACGAGGAGAAGCUCCAGCGGCGGCUGAAGCGGGAGAAGAAAGGCACGGCCGCCAAGCUACGCGGCAACGUCGCCCAGAUGACCAAGCAGAGCCAGGCACUGGGUGACCUCAUCGAUGAGAUCAACAAGAGGUGCCGGCAGCCGGCUCCGGGGCUGCUGAAGGACGUGGAAAGCUUGCUGAGCAGGAGCGCAAAUAUCCAGGUGCAGAAACCGGCAGCUGUUCCUGCCGAGCUGCGGGGUGCCUACGACGUUCCCACCGGCGGCAUUUUUGAGUUUCUAAAGCGAUUUAAAGUGGACAUGACCUUGGACCCAGCCUCCGCUCACCCCAGCCUCCUCCUGUCCGAGGACGGCAGGAGCGUGAGUCACGGGGGCGCGCGGCAGGACCUGCCGGACCACCCCGAGAGAUUUGACCCUUACGUCUUCGUGCUGGGAUCGCUGAGGAUCGCAUCGGGGAAGUGCUACUGGGAGGUGGAGGUGGGAGACAAGCCCGAGUGGGACAUCGGGGUGUGCAGGGAGGCCGUGAAGAGGAAGGGGAAAGGUCCUCUCUCCCCGCCGGCGGGCUUCUGGAGGAUGUGGUUGAGGAACAGCAACCAGUACAAGGUCUUGAUCUCCCACCCCAUCACCCUUUCCAUCCGAGCAAAGCCCAGGAGAGUGGGGAUCUACCUGGAUUACGAAGGUGGAGAAGUGACCUUCUACAACGCCACCGACCAGACCCACCUCUACACCUACAGCGGGGCCUUCGCCAGCGUCCUGCGACCCUUCUUCAGCCCCGGUUUGGCCCAAGGAGGGAAGAACGCCGAGCCCCUCGUGGUCUGCCCGGCCACGGAGCAGGGAUGA